CGGGCUGUGGGAGGGGACACACGCAUCCGCUUCUUCACUCCCGCCUCCACGCUGCUCACGCUACCUCCCGCCUUCCCCAGCGUGACAUGGUGCCAAAGGGGUCACUCAUUACUCACUUCACAGGCUAAUCGUAGAAAUGGAAGAAACUGAAGGGAGUGAGUGUGUUAUAUAUGUGACUGUAUCCGUGGCAUUUGUGAGUGACUGAAAGAGUGAGCGUGAUGAGUUGCGGCGUUAAGCGUGACAAGUGACAGGUGAGUGAGCGUGCAGGUGAGUGGCAGAACACGUGGGUGCGAACAUCAUAUUAGUGAAACGAGUGAACAAUACCAAGGAGGAAUCUGCAUCUUCCCUCAUCUCAUCUGACGCUACUGGAAAUUGACUUAAACUCCCAAAAAACUAAUUAUGAAAAGCGGGCCACUUAUACUCAAGGCAACGAGGGGAGUUUUUGUACAUUAAUUAAACUGACUCAUUAGUUCAUAGGUGGUCAGGAAAGUGAGAGUAUUAGAUGACAGUUGAAGAAAAGCAAGAUUUGUAAUGUUCGUGGGAUUCAGUACAAGACGUGACCGAAAGUGCGUGAGUAAAUUCCCUUUAAGACAAUUCAAUGGCUUUCUAAGAGUUUACCGGGAGUUUUAGUCCGAGAAUUGCACGAGACACCUCAAGAGAAAGGGGAAUUCAGUGUCUAUAACUCUUUUAAAGCAACAACAUCAGUGACGGAAAGCGAAGGUUAAUCUUGUACAAUUCAAUGGUUUUCUUAAGUGUCUGAAUUGAGUUACCUGGGACUAAUCAAGUGAAAGGAAGAAUUUAACUCGUUCACAUUACUUAAGAAACAAUAAGUAGUGAAUAAGUAGAUGGAUUAUCAGGACAAAGCGAUGAAUUUUGGAAGUAUUGGAAGCGAAAAUUGCAGGACACGGUAAAAUUUCAUGAACUUAACAAUUCACAUCACUCGAAAAAGCAAGACCAGGAAGAUGUAAAUGACCUAGACAGACUGAUGAGCUUUAGAGUCGGUAACGGAAGCGACAAUUACAAAACAGUCGAAUAUACGUAAAAAUUCAAGAUAAAAGGAAGGAAUCCAACAUGUUUACAUCACUCGAAAACUAAGAAAGCGUAAAUUACCGAGACAGAUCAAUGAACUUUUAGAGUGACAAUUACAAGAGACAAUUACAUGAGACAAUUACAAGACAGUUCAAUGUAAAAAUUCAAAAUCAAAGCAAAAAAUUUUAACUCGAAAAACAAUGUGACCAAGAAACCAUGAAUUUAUAAGACAGAUCAAGGAAAUUUUACAGCACCGGAAGUGACAAUUACAAGACACCCCAAGAUGAGAGAUUAAGAUAAAACCAAAAACUCACCUAAAAAAAUAACAAGUGAACAGGGAGGCGUAAAUUAACAAGACAGAUUGAUGCAUUUUUCUGUUUGCUUGUGAGUGUGGGAGUGACUGUGACUGUUGUGACUGGUGACUCCUGUGACUCUCAGCCUCCCCCCGGUGACAGGCAGCAUUCCAGCGUGACGACAGUGCCCCGUCACCCCCGCCACACUGAGCACAAGAUGAACACUUGCCUCCCCGUCACGCCUCUGUAAUUCAGCCCAGGAAAAUAUUCAGGACGCAGCUACCACUUCUCAGGCAACCUCUGCAGCCAAGACUCGAUAGUAACUUGAUAAAAAGGAUGACUCAAGGAAGCAAAUACACAUCUUUCUUGGUCCUCAAAUUAACCCUUUUCUCACACCUGUUCGCGGCGACCUCAGGUCAGUGCCGAGGGACAGAGACCUUCGAGAAGCUGUCACGCGUCACACUGGAGGGCGUGGAAAGCGCGCCGCCCCUCUUCACUUACUCCGGGGGCACGGUGACGGCAGGGUGUCUAGACAGGUGUCGCGAGGUAAGAACAUGCUCUGGCUUCGUGGUGGACUACAGCAGGGAGGCGUGUUUCCCCCUCAGUCCUGUCUACCCCCCAGCAGGCCCUAACCCCACCCCUCGCCCAGCUGAUCACGCCGUCAACUACUUUCAAAAGAUUUGCUUGAAUGGGCCGACGUGUGGCAAGGCGUGGAUGCUGGAGCGGGUCGUGGGCUUUGAGAUUGAGGGUUAUGACGACCUGGUGCUGAACGACGUGGCCACCAGACUCAAGUGCGCCGAGCUGUGUCUUGGGGAAAGGAACCUGAGAUGCCGUAGUGCUGAGUACCAUGAGAGGGACCGCGUGUGUCGCCUCAGCCGCCAGGACAGACGCACGCAGCCCCUCAGCUUCCGCCCCUCCAACCCUCACGUCCACUACAUUGAAAACCAGUGCGCAGGGAUUCCUUUACAACAAAACUGCGAAUUUGAGGAAUUUCAAGAGCAAGAUAUUUCCCAUCCUGACUUGCAGCUGUCCGUUGAGUCGACAGAACAAUGCCAGGAGGCGUGUGAGGCAGAGGCCAGCAUGAACUGCCGCUCCUACACGUGGGUGGCGCAGGCGGGGGUGUGUCGCCUCUCAGGGGACGACAUGACAUCAGCGGGCCUUUCUGCCAUCCUGCCCUCACCUGGCGUUGUAUACUACCAGAGAACGACCUGCCUUGACUUGAGAUUGUCAUGCACUGUGGACGCCAUGACUGUUCAACUAUAUACUCCUGAACCAUUCAAGGGGCGCCUCUUCUCCCAGGACUUUCCUAAUACCUGCAAAUCACAAGACAAGUCCAGAACGGAAACCUCUCUCGUGAUUAAUUUUCGGGACCCCCAGUGCGGCACGGUGGACGAGGGCAGCGGCGUGUACAGCAACAUCAUAGUAGUGCAGCAUCACCCUGUCAUCCAGAGGCGAGGGGACAAGGCCAUCAAGCUGCUGUGUCUCUUCCAAGCCGCCAACCAGACCGUCAGCGAUUCAUUCAACUUCAUUGUCGAUAGUACAUUUCCCGGAGGAAGGGUCGCCACUGCUAUCGUCAACGCCACUGCUCCGUCACCAAGAAUUCGCCUGCGUAUUGUUGACCGCGAAGGAAAUGACAUCAACGGGGCCAGGCUGGGCGAGGAGCUGUACCUUAGACUCGAUCUCGAUGAUGACAGCGUGUAUGGAAUCCUGGCGCGGAAUCUGGUAGCACGUAGCGGCGACAACAGUGACUCCAUAGUGCUGCUGGAUGACCGAGGGUGCCCAGCAGACCCCGCCAUCUUCCCGUCCCUUCAACCCAUCCCCAACUCCAGGAGCCUUCAGGGAAAGUUCGAGGCCUUUAAGUUCUCUGAGGAUCAAGUUGUGAGGUUUCAGGUCAACGUUCAGUUCUGCCUGGAGGAGUGCCGGCCUGCCCAGUGCGGCAAUAUCGUGUCCUACGGGAAGAGAAAGCGACGUUCCCUGAAGGGCGAGGGUGGCCUGGUGACUUUAGGAGGCGAGCUGACCUUGAUUGGGGGAGAGGUCACCCUGAGGGACGUGGAGGUGCUGGACAAUGAGGAGGAGGAGGAGGAAGAUCAUGUUUACCACGAAAUGCCGCUGCAGAAGGAGAUUCUAGUGGAGAGCACCACUGUGAAGCCCCUCAAGUCUGGGCUGCUACCGGAGGAGACAGAAGCCCACCGCAUUGCCAACCUGGUCUGUACAUCUCGGGAGGUGCUCAUUGCUAUGGUGGUGUCCGCUGUUAUCCUGCAGAUCUGCAUCAUCUUAAUUGCCAUCAUGUGCGUGUUUGCUCGACGGAGGAGGAAGGUUCCCGCCACUGAGGUCCAGCAGGGCGCCCCCAGCCUCACCCUGAGCAGAGGUUACCGGUCACCUUACACCGUCUCCUACUCCGAAGACUCAGCCAAUACUCUUAAAACUCUAAGGACGUCCCUGAGAGACUAGAGAGAGAGAGAGAGAGAGAGAGACAGAGAGAGAGAGAGAGAGAGAGAGAGAGAGAGAGAGAGAGAGAGAGAGAGAGAGAGAGAGAGAGAGAGAGAGAGAGAGAGAGAGAGAGAGAGGGAGUACAGGGCAUCUAUUGUAUAUUGCAUCAUGUAUAUUUUUUGUACAGUUUAUACUUUAGAAAAUAAAUUAUGAAUAAGUUUA